AUGUUGCGCCAAAGUAAGCCGAUGCAGGAUGGGCGGAGCGAGACUGCGCGCGCCCGCUCCCUCCUCCUCAGCCUCGACUAUGAGGGGAUCGGUCGCUACCCCGUCCCCGAAAGUACUGUGCGACGCGACACACCUCUAGACCGCGGGUUCCUGCUUGCGUCGACGCGGGAUCCCAUUGUACGGCCCACGCACAAGAUCUCAUCUUCGGAUACCGUCGGCAGCGCGAGCACGUUGAGCGCUGGAUCGAGUACGAGUAGUCCAACUCGGAGUCCGCGCGAGACGACAGUCGGAGCACCAUGGGACCGCAGUCCGUUCAGCAUGAAUGUCGUUCCGGAAGCUUACGACGGUAUCGUCACUGAAGAACAGCAGGAGAUCUUGGACGACGCCCCAGAACAACACAAGGCGCCCGCUGAGACCUGCGAGCACAGCGCCGGUCGCUGUCCCUACGCGGUCGUGCGAGACCUGAGCCGCUGUGAGGAGGAGGAUCACCGUGGGUCAUCCAAAGUCGUGAGGCGUUAUCGAUCGGCGUUCAAGGGUUACCGAACGCCACUCCCUCGUUCCGAUAUGAUCUCCGAGCGUGAUCCGCCCUAUAACCCGCAUAUUUCUGCCCACUGGAACGGCAUCAAAGCCGUAAAGCCGUUGCAAUGA